AUGUGGUACAAUGAACGAGUCAACAAACGUAGGAAUACACGUACUCCUACCUUUGCACUUUGUUGUCUACAAGGUGCUGUGCAGCUGCCCUUACUAAAGGAACCACCAGAAGUUCUUAAAAAACUUUUGGAAGGAAAUGAUCUUUUAAGCAAGCAUUUUCAGAAAAACAUCAGGGCUUAUAACAUGAUUUUCUCUUUCACUUCAAUUGGUGGAAAAUGUGAACGAUCUGUUCAAAAAGGCGUAGGACCACCUAUGUUCCAACUCCAAGGAGAGAAUUAUCAUUUAAUGGGAAGCUUAACCCCAAAAGAUGGUACAAAGGGGAAGUUUGGACAGAUGUAUAUUGUUGACACUGAAAAUGAAAUCCAAAAUAGAGCUAAUGCUUUGAGCAAACCUGGGCAGACUUAUGAAGGUAAAAAGAAGGACCAUCUUAAGAAGGAGAUCAUUGAACUUCUCAUGAAAAUGCUAGAUGAAGUCAAUCCCUAUGUUAAGCAAUUUAGAUCAGCAAAAGACAGAUUUAAGAUGCAGCCUGAAGAUGUUUAUCAUAUGAGGAUUGUUAGUGAUCGAGUAACUGAUGGGAGGACAUAUAACACACCUACAGCAUCAGAAGUUGCUGCACUUGUUCCUGGAGAUUUUAAUCUUGACAUGGAUAAAAGGGAUAUCGUUCUACAACUAAAUUCAGGAAAGUUGAAAAGGAUUUCAGAAAUACAUGCGGCUUAUUUUGCACUUCAAUACCCUUUGCUAUUCACUUAUGGAGAAGAUGGUUUCAGACUUGGGAUCAAGAAACGUGUGACUGCAGCUACAAAGAAGCUUAAGAAGGAUACGAUCAGUAUGAGACAAUAUUUUGCAUUUCGUAUGCAAGAGCGUAAGAACGAGUCUCACACUCUCCUACAUUCAAGACGAUUGUAUCAGCAAUUUAUUGUGGAUGCUUACACAACUAUGGAGUCUAACCGCCUACGCUAUCUUAAGCUAAAUCAGUCUACUUUGCGUUCUGAUAGUUAUGAUUCCAUUAAAGAGUCAGAGAGUGCUGGAAAAGUAGACAUGCACGAUCAAGGAUCAUCAUUUGUUUUGCCUGCUUCAUUCACUGGUGGUCCUAGAUAUAUGAAGAACAACUACUUGGAUGCCAUGGCCAUAUGUAAGCAUUUUGGCUUUCCUGAUCUUUUUAUCACUUUCACAUGUAAUCCAAAGUGGCCAGAGAUCACGAGAUAUCUUAAGAGUCGAAAUUUAAAGGCCGAGGAUAGAGCGGACAUUAUUUGCAGAAUGUUCAAGAUGAAACUUGACUCACUCAUGGAUGAUUUAAUCAAAAAAAACCUUCUUGGGAAGACAGUUUCAUCUAUGUACACUAUUGAGUUCCAGAAACGUGGUCUACCACAUGCUCACAUUCUAUUAUUCAUGGAUCCUAAGUUCAAGCUUCCCACCACAGACGACAUUGACAAUAUCAUUUCAGCUGAAAUUCCUGAUAAAUAUGAAGAGCCAGAGCUAUAUGAUAUCAUUAAAGAUACAAUGAUUCAUGGACCAUGUGGGGCUGCUAAUAUGAACUGUCCGUGUAUGGAGAAUGGGAAAUGCUCAAAGUUGUACCCAAAAUCAUUUUCAGAGAAGACUACUAUUAAUAGAGAAGGAUUUCCAGUUUAUCGGCGAAGAGAACUCCAAGAUCGUUAUGUGGAGAAGAAUGGUGUGAGAUUGGAUAAUCGAUCUGUUAUUCCUUAUAACAAGAAACUCUCUCUUCUUUAUCGGGCUCAUAUUAAUGUUGAGUGGUGCAACCAAGCUGGAUCUAUCAAGUACUUAUUCAAGUACAUUACGAAAGGAAGUGAUCGUGUGACCGUUGUUGUGGAACCACCAGAUCACAUGGUUCCAAAUGUGGUAUCUAACACGGAGGGGACUUCAGAACCAACUAACACUGAUCCAGAUCACGAAACUGCGCCAGGAAGUGUUAAACCCCAAAAGGAUGAAUUUAAAGAUUUCUUUGACUGCAGGUAUUUUUCUUAUUUAAAUGAUAGUAAAUGUAGAUAUGUUUCUGUGUGUGAAGCAGCAUGGAGAAAUUUUAAGUUCCCAAUUCAUUAUCGAUCUUGUGCAGUUGAGAAGCUUACCUUUCAUUUGCCUGGGAAACAACAUAUCAUUUUUAGAGGGAAAGACAAGAUGAAUGCAGUGAUCAGUCGCAAACUCAUUCAGAAUACCAUGUUCUUAGCCUGGUUUGAGUUGAAUAAAGUUGAUUCUUUUGCUAGAACCUUAACUUAUGCCCAGAUUCCUAAUUUCUAUACAUAUGACAAGCGUCAUAAGAUGUUCAAGAGAAGGAAAAGAGGAUUUAGCAUUGGGAGAAUUAACUAUGCUCCACGUAAGCAGGAAGCUGCAUACUAUUUGCGUGUGUUGUUGAACAUCGUCAAAGGCCCUACCAGUUAUGAUGACAUAAAAACGUUUGAAGGUGUUCUUUAUCCUAGCUACAAAGAAGCAUGUUUUGCUCGAGGAUUACUAGAUGAUGAUAAAGAGUACAUCGAUGAUAUUGUGAGAAGAAGUUACGAUGGCUCAGCCAGUGAAAUGAGGCAAGUGUUUGUUACUAUGCUAAUGAAUGACAGCUUAGCAAUGCCAGAGAAGGUUUGGGAAUCAACAUGGGAGUGCCUUUCUGAAGAUAUUGAAUACAACAGGAGGAAGCUUUUGAACAGACCAGGGCUACUGUUAAGUGACGAGGAUAAAAAGAGGUUUACAUUACUGGAGAUUGAGAAGCUUCUAAGGCGUAACGGGACAUCUUUAGAAAGAUUUGAUACAAUGCCAAAGGUACCAAUGACUAGCAUUCGUGAUUCAAACGUACUGAUUGUAGAUGAGCGAAGCUAUGAUCAAAGCACGCUGCUCGAAACACUUGAGAGAGAUGUGCCAAAGAUGACUGGUGAGCAAAAGAAAAUAUAUGAUGAAAUCAUAUGUGCUGUGCAUGAAGGAAAAGGGGGAAUGUUCUUUGUUUAUGGAUUUGGUGGGACUGGAAAAACUUUUCUUUGGAAGUUACUAUCUGCAGCUAUUAGAUCUCAAGGAGAUAUUGUUCUUAACGUUGCAUCAUCUGGGAUCGCUUCAUUAUUGUUACCAGGCGGUAGGACAGCUCACUCGAGAUUUGGUAUACCACUAAGUCCAGAUGAGUUUUCUUCGUGUACAUUAUCUCAUGGAACAGAUCAAGCUAAUUUAGUGAAAGAGGCAUCACUCAUAAUAUGGGAUGAAGCACCAAUGAUGAGUAAGCAUUGUUUUGAAGCCUUGGAUAGAAGUUUGUCUGAUAUUAUUGGGAAGCAGAGCAAUAACCCUUUUGGUGGAAAAGUCAUUGUAUUUGGUGGUGAUUUUAGGCAGGUUCUCCCAGUAAUUCCCAGGGGCGGUAGAGCUGAAAUUGUUUUGGCUUCGAUGAAUUCAUCAUAUCUUUGGGAGCAUUGCAAAGUGCUCAGGCUAACAAAAAACAUGAGAUUGUUUUCUGGUGGAUUGUCAGUUGAAGAAGCAAAGGAACUUAAGGAUUUUUCAGAGUGGAUAUUAAAAGUUGGUGAUGGUAAACUUGCAGAGCCUAAUGAUGGUGCAGCUGAGAUCGAAAUUCCUCCUGAAUUUUUGAUUAGUGACUCUAUUGAUCCUAUAGAAGCCAUCAGCAAAGCAGUUUAUGGAGAUUGCAGAGAGUUACAAGAAAAAAAAGAGGCAAAGUUUUUCCAGGAAAGAGCUAUUCUAUGUCCAACUAAUGAGGAUGUCAAUGUGAUCAAUGAUUACAUGUUGGAUAAAUUACAUGGUGAGGAAAAAAUUUAUCUGAGUGCAGAUAGUAUUGAUCCGAGUGAUAAAAAAUCUCGCCGUGACGAAGGACUUGGUCAAGAUUUUCUAAACAGCAUUAGAGUGUCUGGAUUGCCGAAUCAUAUUCUUCGACUCAAAGUUGGUUGUCCUGUGAUGGUUCUGAGAAAUAUUAAUCCUGCAGAAGGGUUGAUGAAUGGAACAAGAUUACAGAUUACUCAGCUCAUGGAUUUUAUGGUGCAAGCGAGGAUUAUCACAGGAGAUAAGGUUGGGAAUAUAGUAGACAUUCCAAGAUUGUUGAUUACACCAUCUGAUACAAAACUGCCUUUUAAAAUGCGUCGAAGGCAAUUGCCCUUGGCAGUUGCAUUUGCUAUAACAAUCAACAAAAGCCAAGGGCAAUCUCUCUCUGAAGUUGGCAUCUUCCUACCUAGACCAGUGUUUUCUCAUGGACAGUUAUAUGUGGCUAUUUCUAGGGUCACAUCAAAAAAAGGGUUGAAGCUUUUGAUUGUUGACAAAAAUGGUGAACCUCAGAAAAAGACUAUGAAUGUUGUUUUCAAAGAAGUUUUCAGCAACCUAUGAAGAGUAAGAGUGGUGAGUUAUGCUCGAGAAGAAGGAAUGCUAUGUGUUUUUACGUUUUAAUAUGCUAUUUGUUCAUUUUUGAGACAAGUUCAGUUUUUUCUUUAAAGAGUCAAACAACAAUCACAACUAAGGAAAUAUUACAUUCAAACGUUUCUUCUCUAUUACGACUCUUAAGAAUCAUUAUUAGAUAUCGU